CCAGGAGACACAUCAAAGCUUUGUGUGUGUGUGAGUGUGUGUAUAUGUGUGUGUGCAAUUUUUAGUGCUGUUGUGUUUCCCCCAGUCCUGCUGAACUAGUGAUGUGUGAACGUGUAGCUGUUUCCUCAGAACCCUGCAGCUAAACCUGGGCUCCUAAAAUCUUUCUGACUGCUCAGAAUAGCAUAGGCCUGCUCCAUGGGACACAGCAACCUGUAAGUUACUCUGGAAACAGAAGAAAACAAAUUCUUCUCCAUGAGGGAGGCUUUGUUCGUUGGGAUAAUCUGGAGAGGGAAGGUUUGAGACUGGGAGAAUCUUCGUAAAGUUAACUGAACAACGUGCUGUGAAAAGUCCGAAGACUGAGGCAGUGACUGUUUGCCUGACUCCCUUCUUUUUAUGGCUAAUUCAGGGUUCCAGCUGCUGGGUUAUUUCUUAGCCCUGGGGGGCUGGAUUGGCAUUAUAUCAACCACUGCACUACCCCAGUGGAAGCAAUCGUCCUAUGCUGGGGAUGCCAUCAUCACUGCAGUAGGCUUGUAUGAGGGACUGUGGAUGUCAUGUGCUUCACAAAGUACUGGCCAAGUACAGUGCAAGGUCUUUGACUCGCUGCUGUCCCUAGAUGUUCACAUACAGACAUCCCGUGCCCUGAUGGUUGUAUCUGUGCUUCUGGGUUUCCUGGCAAUCAUUAUCAGUGUGGUGGGCAUGAAAUGUACUAAAGUAGGGGAUAACAACCCUGUUACAAAGAGCAGGAUUGCCGUUUCAGGAGGAAUCCUCUUCUUACUUGCUGGUCUGUGUACCCUAAUUGCUGUAUCCUGGUAUGCCACGCAAGUUUCUCAACAGUUCUUCAAUCCACAAACGCCAGUCAAUGCCAGGUAUGAGUUUGGCUCAGCACUUUUCGUUGGGUGGGCUGCUGCCAGUCUCACCAUGCUGGGGGGCUCCUUUCUUUGUUGCUCAUGCCCCAAUGAGGCAAGGAGUGGGCAGCAGUACUACAGACAAUCACAGCCGCCAUCUGCUACCAGAGAGCCAAAUAUAAAAAUACCUCCAUCAAUCAAGGCAGAGCAGUACUUAUAAGUCUGAUCUGAACAGCAAAUUAUUUCAAAAUGUUCUUCUAAAACACCUGCUGAGUAACAUAAUGAAAGGAAAAAGUUUAAUAUUUCAAAAGAACUGAAUACUAUUCAGAUACCAAAACAGUAUAUUUUGAAUGCCUGGGGAAUUUUUGAGUUGAAAUGACUAUUCACUUUUAUUUGCAACAUCCUGGUAAUAGUCAUGUUUAAGAUAAUAAGUUUGCCAUAGACUUGAGUUUUGUAUUGCAUACAUGUCUGGUAAUGCACAUUUUUAAGGAAAUAUUUAUUGUUUAGUAGCAUUUCCUUUGUGUCAUUUUUUGGCAUGCCAAAAUCUACCAUAUUCAUGACCAGCCUGUACCUAACUGCAUGCACAGCAUUAAAUAAGAUUUUUAAUACAGGUCUUCUCUGGGACAUUGUAGAUUAAAGCAAAAAAUAAGAGGAUACAUUUCAUGUAACAGACUGAUGGCAUUUCCUUCUCUUUCAUAGUUCCCUAAAAUUGUUACCUCUUGCUAGAGCACAUUUAUUUACCUUAGUGUUGGCAAUAUUGGCAAAUAGAAAUAAAGCUAUUUAGCAUUUCAUUGUUGUAUCAUAGUGAGCUAGGCGUCACUGGAUAUCUUUCAUCACUAUUUUGGAAAAGGUUAAUAGGUAAUCAUGUCACUGUGUUGUUAAUGUUUCUUGAGAAUUACAUUUAUAUUAAACAAGCAGUGAAAUACUAUACAUUUAUGCAAAGGAAGAUAUCAGUUUUUUGUACCACAAGAAACAUGACAAAAUUGUAGACUACAACAGCUGUGCGACGGUAACAGAAGUUUGCUAACGCACCCUUUUUAAUUUAGCACAUCUGUUCAUUUAAUUAAACACAAUAGGCAUUACUUCUUGUAAAAAUGCUUUGUAAACAGACAUUACAUGAAAAUAAUUUGCCUAGACAGUAUAAACCUGAAGACACUGGACUAUUUUUUGUCUGUUUAAUUAUCCCUUAUGGCUAUUAACUGCAAUGGCAGUUUUCUGAUGUAUAUACAAAAGAAAUAAUGCAUGCAGUUACAGAGUUAUGCAUGUGAGCAUCUAUGCAGGGAAAGCUUUUAACACUGCUGACACAAUGCAGCUGAUACAACUCUUCGACAUUUUAUUCCAGAAUUAUUUGAUUAAGAGGAAAAUAAAAAAUGCAGACAAUUCUAAUGUAGUAUUUUAUGUUUUUUGUUAUCUCAGCAAUAUUCAUAACUUGAUCAAAUAGGCAUAUUUAAAUAGAUAUGUGCUUGAUCUAGAAACAGGUUUUAGAAAGCUCUGCUAAUGCAUAUGGUUCGGUUAUAGCCUACAUAACAUAUGCUAUAGUAUCAAUGAUCACACUUUCACAUUUGCUGAUGUAUGUGGCUCAGAUUUUAGCAAGAUACAAAUAUAGGUGCACGCAAACAUUUGGUGACUUAUUUUAAGAUCAGUCAACCAAGUAUAAGCAUGCCUUUUUAUAGCAGCAACUCAUAAUUUACUAAAUAUAGCAAGGUUACGUUUGAAAGAUGCAGAUUUUGCUGCAUGGUAGCUGUGUGUUACAUCAUGAGUUUCUAAAAAUGCUGACUAGGUUAAAGAGCAAUGUCCUUUUUGCUCUAGAAACUAGUUAAGCCCAGGAUGCCCAUAGGUUUAUAGGCUCAUAGGUUGGUACUAGGCUAUCGGCCCUAGGGCCUAUACAAGCCUAGCCAUAAUUCCCUGGCUAUUUCUUCCCGCACUAUUUAUUUCCCUGAUCAGAUGUAUGAAAUAAGGUGGAUAUAUGAAUUGAUUCUUCUGGUAACAGACAUACUUUUCACUGGGAAAUAUAUUGAAUAUGUUUCCUGAUUCCAUGUUUCAAAUAUGAAUUUUAACUUUUUCAAGCUAGGAAAUUUAGUUUCAUUUUGUACAGCAGUAGCUGGUACUUCUCAUGCACUGAACAGUUACAUUUUCUGCCAAAAUUAAAUAUAUGUCCAGGCUCUGCUGUGAUAAAAAGAAUUUCUGGCAUGUACAAAAUCCUUUCUUGAAAGUUGAAAUAAUAGAAAUUACAUCUGCUUUAAGCCUCACCGAAAAUCAAAAAAUAUAUGCUUAAAAGAGUGCAUAUAGAGUUGCUGCCUGUUUAUUGCCUAGGACAUCUGUACUUGUGGCAUGCUGAAAGUCAAGAAGUCUUUAUGCCUGUUGAUAUAUAGCACUGCAUACUCUAUUUAAUCCAUUAUGCACUAAUUGAUUCUAUGGAAACAGAAUAUGUCUGAGUUUACUGCUAUAGAGUUUUCAUCUUCAAACACACAGUAAAGAAGGAAAUGUAACCAACGUGAUAGAGGCUUGAAAUAUUACUAUUAUCUUAUUACAUCCUAGUAAUCCAAGUACUUUAGUGCAUGUGUUUUAUCUUUUCUUACAAUACAUAUGCAAUCUAUACACCAUAGAACAUUUAGCAGUUUUGCUGGGGGCAGCGUAACACCUUAAUGUACAAUUCAAACAUGUCUGGCUAUAUCUCUGAAUGUAAUAUUACAAUGGUACACUGUAAUAAAUGCCAGGUAGUAUGUGUCACAUAGUGGGAUAAGGCUAUGACAUGGAUGAAGGAGGAAAACAGCAUGGAAGACAGUGGGCAAAUUCAAGACUUCUGGCUACACCACUUAUCAUAUCUGUGAGGGUGGGAUACUCAUUAAAUUAUGAAAAUGUACUGGGAAUUAUCACUUUAGGCAAAACCUCUUCCUAUAACCAGUAUUAUUUAAUGUAUAACUGCCAGUUCCACAUGAUGUCAUAUUUUGCCUUUAAAUGUUAUUUGACCCACACGGCAGCAUUAGAAAUCAUACUUUCAGUGGAGAAGGUGCAUAAAAGGUAAUGGUGCAGCAAUGUAAGCAUGUCCACUUGCUGUCCAAGCACAAACUGAAAAGUGAUGGUUGCUGAAAUGUGGACAGCUUUGCUUCUUGCAUAAAAAUCUAUUGAGAUUUCAUGUCUAGACUGACACAUCAAACUAAGGGAAACUAGCCUUGACAUAUUUUCCCUGACUUAGACCUGUUUUCUGGACAUUCACUGGGUUGAACUGCAAGACGAGCCAUACUUCUCAGUGAUGGCCCCAGUGUUACCAUCUACUACAUCACUUUAUUCAAGGGAAAUUCCCAUCAUUUAUCUGAGCUGACAGAAUAUAUACAUCUCUUGAAGGUGCUAUUCAUCAGUAUGUUAGAAUAGGACUGAGGGUGCACAGCUUCUUUUCACAUAACAGGCUUCCCAACAAAGAAAUGCUGAUAGGCAUAACUGUCUUUAAUAUAAAAGUCAGCAGAUAGCCUCAGUAUGAAUUUUGGGAAAAUAUAUUGAAUGAUUCAGGUUUAGGUAACGUGUGAGAGAAAGGCAGACAGAAUGAAAAGAAGGCUCUAAUGAUGCAGACUAAACUUAAAUACUGAGAAAAAGGUAACACUGUUGUCAGUCAAGAAAGUAUUUCAUAUGUUACAUGCAGUUUGUUUUUGUUGGUUUCUGUAUUUAUCUACUUAAUAGCAGUAAAAGUAGAUUCUUGUCUGUAAGAUUGCAGAUAAUCUGUAUGGUUUAGUAUAAGAUGACAGAUAGUCAUGCGAUCUACGAGCAAAGUAUGAGUUUUACCAUCCUGUUUCUUUAAACAACAUAAUGCACACAAAAAUCUGAGAUGACAUCAUAUGGUGUUGAGAAGAACUACAGUCCAUUAAAUGUUCAGUAAUACAACUUAUAAUAAUAAUAAUAAUCAAAUGUUGAAAGGAUUAGGUGACGUCCUCUGCUUUUUUCUAGUCACAAUUUCUAUGGUCAAAAUAUUCUGUUACCAGACAUGAUGCAUGAUGACAUGUCCAUCAAAUGAAGGAUAUGGCUCUAUACCCAAAAUAUUUAUACAAAAGCUUUAGAUUUCUUAGCUUGUGACAGAGAGUGCUAACUGAAUCUGUUUCCAGAAACUGUUAGCUUGCCUGGAUUAUGUGUUCAGAAUUUAAAUCCUAUGUACAUAUUUGUUGCUUGUUGCUAAGUGGAUUGUAUUUUAUGCCGCCUCUGUGCUGAUUGACUGUAAGGCCAUUGUUUUAUAGCACAAUUGUUAUUCUGUAAUAAAACAAAUGAAAGAAA